CCGGGUCCAAAAGCCGUGUCCGCUAGUGUGUCGGCGGCUUCACUAUCGAUAUCCCAGAAUAAGGAUAAAAUGUACACAGAUUUGGUGUAGUGUAUGUGUACAAUAGUGUCAACUGUCAAAUAUCUAUCUGUCAUGUCAUCUGUCAAACCCUGGAACAAUAGUAAAUCCGCUGGAGGUGGUAAAUUGAUGGUGUCUUUUUUGUUUUAUGGGAUAUCUAUUGUAAAUCUCAAGCAAUUAAACACAAUAGGUCAUCAUAUUGAAUGUAACUUUGGUUACAAUGGUCAUGAUUUAAUAUAAAAAUGAACGACAGUGGAACUGAAAGUACAGAAGCCUUGGAUCCUAGAGUUCAGAUAGAACUAGAGCGUCUUAACUCAGCGACAGAUGAGAUAAACCGCUUGGAAGUUGAGUUAGAUGAAGCGCGGCUCCAGUUCCGGAGACUGGUGGCCGAGGGCCACCUCCGCUUCCAACAGCUGACCAAGAAGCUCGGCACCAGCGUGCACAAAGCCCGGCCAUACUAUGAGGCCAGGUUUAGGGCUAACAUUACAUCACAAGAGCUGCAUGCAGCUAACCUGGUAUAUGACAAAGCUAACAGUGCACACUCGGCCGCCAGAGAAAUGGUGUUCCUAGCGGAGCAGGGGCUGGCGCGGCUGGCGGAGGGCGGCGAGGUGGUCACGCUGGACCCCGCCUGGCAGGAGAUGCUCAACCACGCCACCGCCAGGGUCAACCAGGCGGAAGCAGACCGCGCGGCGGCCACCAUCACACAGCGCUCGCGGCAGGCGACCCAUCGCGCCGCCGCCGCGCUCGUGCAGCAGCUGCAGGCCAACCUGAAGAGACACAUCGCCAAGUCCAGGCCAUAUUUCGAAGAGAAAGCGCGCCUCAACACCGCCCUAGAAGCGCAGAAAGCCAAGAUUCAAACCCUGGAGCAGCAAGUGGCGGAGUCCAAGCAGAAGUACUCCAGUGCACUGAGGAACCUCGAGAGAAUCUCCGAUGAAAUACACAAGCAUAGGUCUAGGAGACAGUCCACUAAGAAUGACAUCAAGCACCCAGCGCCUCUAGAACCACAAAACCUCGACGAGCUCUGCCAGGCCGACGACUCGAUGGACGCGAGCGUGCGCGCGUGGCUGCGGCGCGUGCACAGCGGCGACGAGACGUGGACCGAGAUCGACCUGGACUACUCGAGCCCCGAGGAGAUGAGCUUCGAAAAAUGCUCCCUCCGCCCGCUCUCCCCUCCCUCCACGUCCCCCUCCCCCCCCUCCGCCCCGCGCUCCCCUUGCGCCGCCAGCCACGUGUCGGCGGCGUCCCCGCGGCGCAUCAUCGCGAGCGCGCGCGCCGCCGCCCCGCGCGCGGACCCUCGCCGGCCCAGCCUCGACGCGCUGCUGACGAAUACUGCCGGGAAGGUCAAGGAUAUGUUUCAAGGUUUCUCUCUAUUCGGCGAGCGCCGCGGCUCGGAGUCGGCCCCGCGCACCCCGCGCCGCGCGCCCUCCCCCCGCGGAGACCGCUCGUCUACUGAGGAUGAGCGGUUCAGUGAUACUGAUAGUCUGGCCAGCAUGGAGAUGCUGACGGACGACCAGAUAGCUUCCCUCAUGCUGGACGCUCAACUAGAAGCAGUCUGCGAGCGACUGGCCGGCGUCAGAGCAGACAAGUCUCCAGUAGAACCACCCAAUGGGGAGCGAUAUUGAACCUGCAGGGGGUAAGCUGGAGAUCUCAUUGGCAGGUGGAGCGCCGGUGGCCCCGCCCAUCGGUGUUGUGGUGUUGUGAUUGGUCGGUAUAGCUUAGCCUAAUGUGUUGACAAUGAUGGCGGUAUUCAACUUUAAGGGCUGGGUCUAAGGUUGAAAUGAAUCGACAAAUGGUCGUUGUUGAGUUGUAGGGCAUUUUGAUUGAUUCAAUGAUAUUAUACUGAAAUGCGCGGAGGCUAAGGCUGUGUGUUAGUUGAUGGACAGAUAAUUCUGAUGAUAUAAUAAUGGUUGUUUUAACCCCUAACUAACGCAUGCGGGGAAAUCGUGAAAAGUCUCAAAUUUAUUGUUUAUUUAUUGUUGAUAGGUUUUUCCCGCAAGCUUCGCUUCGCGUUUAAGGCUUUUCCCGUUUAAAUAUUGAAUAAUGCUACCUAAACUAGUACCCAACAAACUAUACCGUGGCUCCUUGAUAAGAUUCACAUACUUUUGCCAUCAAUGUUUGGGGAUUUUACAUUUGUUGUUGAUUACGAACGCAACUGUUACAUAAGUGUCGCCGCACACGAGCCACCGGCCACAGCCACAAACGUCGCCACGAGAAGCUUUUGUAGGGAAACGAUUUGUAGCGUGUGGCCGCCACCGGCGUCAACCGUUCAUAUAAAGUGUACGAAAAUUACAGGAAAUAUGCCAGUGGCGGCGUUUUGUGGUUUGUGGCCGGUGGCCCGUGUGCGGGGACACUAAGAUGUACUUAGUUAGCACAAGUUUUAGCCAGUUAUUUAUUAAUCACAUGUUAACUUGUAAUAAAAUAAUAAUAGUCGUACAUAAUCAAUUAAAAUGUAGUCUGAUUUUAAUCUAAAUGCAAUAACGUGUGUGAGUGAUAUUAAGCCUUAUGACGAGGACUGUAAAGUACAUUAUGAUUAGAAAUGUAUAGCCGAUAGCAGAAAAUUUGGAGUAAAGUUAGUUAUAAUAAAGUUAAAUCACAAUAACUAUCGAUUGUACCUAUAAAAUGAAUUCUAAAAACGUAAGUACACUAUUAAUAAUUGUUGUCACAGCUAGUUUUUUGUGUUUUUAAUAGGAACAUUACUUAAUACAUAAAUGGAGAGUACAACAAAAUCAUUUAUGUCAGUAUUAUGACGACUAUUUUUACCCAACACUUGCCUAGAAGUCAGCAUAGUAUAUCCCCAAAAAUAAUAAGAACAUCUAACUAUCAUUAAGAAUAUUCUGUAGCUAUAUUUUUGUGUGAAACUAAUUAAAAUCUACCUAAAGAGACAAUAUAUUUUGCGCAAUACGAAAAAACAAUGUGGGAACUUUUUAACAUAUCAAGAAAUAAGAAAAUACUCAUUGUGUAUCGGUCUCUGAAAAAGCUAGCAAAUUAACUUAAAAGUAAGAUAAGGUUAACUCAAAAAUUGUACCUAUUUUCUCAUUAAGUACAUUCAUCCGACAAAUACGCUUACUUGAAAAAUACAGGUUGUUGCAAAAAGGGUACACCGAGCCAAAAGGGACUAAAGGGGACAUUCUGUAUCUAUCUCUUUUCACUUACUAAUGCAAAUUCGCGAAAAAAUUUGAUUAACCCCUUUGUUUCCUUCUUUAGACUUAGUAUACCUCUUUUGCUAAACCCUGUAUAAAUACGUCUUGUUAAAUAUGGCUUGUAGUACAUUUGCAUAUCUUCCCGUAAAAUAAUUGUUUCAAUAAUUUUGUAAAAUUACCUUGUAAGAUAACGUAAAAAGCAAUAGUGAGAGUGCACAGUAAUUUUUAACAAUAAGGUUCACAGUAUAUAGAGAAAUGCUAGAUUCCAGAUUUAGGACACCUAAUAUAGGGUGAAUGAAAGAUGAAUAAUUAAUAAGUAUAAAAAUAUUAAACAAUAGUUCCUAGGUCGAUAUUGAUAGAAAUGACAUUAGUAACACAAGGAUUAUAUUAUAUUAUAAUUAAUAAUAGUAUGUAUGUAUGAAGUGUAGGAAAUAAAAUAGACAUGACAAUUAAUUAUGUAUAAAGAUAACAUGUUACUUGGCGGCUCUCACACUUCCACACAUCUCGCUACAUGUUGGGUGUAUGCGUGUCCGAACGGCGUGUAUCAGUCAGUGUUUGUAUAGAAAACACGCACGCAUACAGUACAACACAAGAAAACGCAUUUACAAUCCAACUAUAAAGUCAUAACAUCAAAGAGUGCGAUUUUGAAAAGACUUUUUAUCAUCAGAGGAAAAAAAACAGUUAUUUUCUUACAUAUACAAACAUUUUAAAAAUAAAAUACCGUUUGGUAACUAAAGGUAAUUAAAGGAUUUGUCCUAUAAAUAUAAUACAUCGAUUAAAUACGGUCUUUAACAAUUAGUUAUAAUCCACUUCCGUUGUCAGGACUUAGUUUUACUGUACGUGCGUUCAUAAUAACGCAGGGUGAUGUGGAGCAGUGUGUGAACAGCCUAACAUGUAAAUUUUCGUUGCUUAAACAAAAACAAAGUUGCUUUCCGUAUGUAAAAUAUUCAAAGUGGCCAUGACAAAGUACAAUUUAUUAGUCGCCGUUAUUAUUGAAGAAAAUAAAGCUCGAAAUAUCU